AUGACUUCAAAAUGGAGAACUAGUGAAUCUUGGUAUUCUCACCCAGCGUAUACAAGAUAUUGGCGACAUUAUCAUCAUGCAAUGGUUUGGAUGCGAACCCACCAGAAUGUCUACAGGAAGUCCAGGAAUUCCUGUCUCACUUCCCCAUGGUUCUACCCUCAAGGAGUUCUUCCCUGGAACUCUGUUGCUUAUGAGGCUGGGCAUCCUUGGAACUAUCAAAACCAACACGUGGUCUGGCAGGAGCCUCCCUACAGUGUUUCCCAUCUCCAAAGCUCUGGGCAGCCUUUAUAUGAUAGCAGUAGAAUCCAGGCAACCACAAGAGAAGAUGAAGCCCCAUAUGAAGAGGAAGAGAUGGAGUCGGAUUCAGAUAAUGAAAUAGAAUGCGACCUGAGCAAUAUGGAAAUCACGGAGGAGCUCCGCCAGUACUUUGCAGAGACUGAGAGGCACAGAAAAGAGCGGCGGCGACAACAGCAACUAGAAGCCGAGCGCCUGGACGACUAUGUAAAUGCCGACCAUGGACUGUACUACAACCACCAAAGGUCCACAGAGCCUCCCUCAGAGAAGCCUGGGGAGCGGCGUCAAGCAGAGAUGAAGCGCUUGUAUGGGGACAGUGCUCCCAAGAUCCUGGCCAUGGAGGCUGCUGUGCAGAUGAGCUUUGACAAGCACUGUGACAAAAAGCAGCCAAAAUACUGGCCUGUCAUUCCUCUGAAGUUCUGA